AUGCUGGCCUUCAUUCUUUAAAAGUUGGGUUUACAGGAGCUCCUCCUCCUCAACCAUGCCAAGAUGGCAGUGGCGCGAUGUCGGUCGGGGACGUUGGCAUGUAGUCGCCCGAGGCGUCGCCGGGGCGCUACGUGCGGCGGGUCGACAAGGUGCCGCCUGAUGAUGAUGGCUGCGACGGCGCCCUUGAGGCCGACGGGCGGGGCACCGGGGACAACGACCCCUUCAACAUCCCCGCCAAGCGCACGCCCGACGAAGGCUAUGGCGGUGGAGGGUUGCUAUGGCGCAGACAAGCUGCUGCUGCAGGUGGACGACUCCUCAUGGAUGCUCAACCUAUCUCUCCUACCCCCACACGUGUUGAGCUCCACUUCGUCUUUCUACCCAUGCAGAUCUGAUGUGAUGUGCACAAAAUACUUAUGCUAGCCUUUCAUGUUUCUUCACAAACAUGAGGACAAAUAAGAAGAAGCAUAGUUCAGUGGAUCUAGUUCUGGGAGUAAUGAAGCCCAUGUGAUGCUUCAUUACUAUACACUUGUAGAGCUUUUUAUCUGAUUGUAAACUUAAUGCUGAUCACAUUUAUAUGUGUUAUAUUAUGUAAAAGAUUGCCUUUUGCUGUUA